UACUUUUAACGCCCAAGAAGAAAACCAAGGCGCGACCCGGACCAUAGAGCCCGACGCCGCCAUGGCCGCCGCCGCGGCCGCAGCGACGGCGUCGCUGCCCCGCCCUUCCCUUCUCAAUCGUCUGAUCACGCUGGACUCGGCCUUAUCCCUCCGCAUCCACUCGCUUUUCCACUGUCCCCGCUCCCUCCUCAAAGCCCUCGAGAUCUCCGGCGACGGCCGCUUCUGGUUCCCCAUCCCCCUAUCCCUCCUCCCCUUCUCCUCCUCCGCCGCCGCUUUCCUUCUCCUCCUCGCCCUCCUCCUCGGUUCCCUCCUCGACCUCCUCCUCGUCGGCCUCGUCAAGCACCUCGUCCGCCGCCCCCGUCCCGUCUACAACAAGGGCAUGAGCCUCGCAUUCGCCGUCGAUCACUGGUCCUUCCCCAGCGGACACUCCUCCCGCGUCUUCUUCAUCGCCUCCUUCCUCCGCCUCUCCCACGCGUCCCUCCGCCAACUCCUCGCCGCCCCCCGCUGGAUCGGCGCCCACUACGGCGGCGACCCCGCCGAGCUCUUGUUGCGGCUCGUCUUGGUCUGGUCCGUCGCCACCUCCGCCUCUCGGGUCCUCCUCGGUAGGCAUUUCGUUCUCGAUGUCGUCGCUGGGUCUUGCCUGGGUGUAUUGGAAGCUUUCAUUGGGUUCCAUCUCUUCCACUCCUACAGAUUUUAAACAGACGUUAAUAUCGUUUGUUCGGGUUGGUUCGUUGUAAUCUGCUUUCUUGACUAACUGUCAUCUUACUUAUACGAAAUUAUGCAAUUUUUUCUCAUUCUCCAUUGUU